AUAACACUGGACUUUCGAGUCUGGGUUCCUGAGCGAGGUGGAUACGUGUCGCUGCGAUGGUGGAAACGGAGCCAGAUUGGGAUUGUGAGAUGCCUUUGAUGGCGCAGAUCGACUCAGAUAUGGAGGAGGAGUCUGACUUUCACGAAGUGUACGACCAGGAUACCGGCUGGUCAGACCACCAGCAGGACCACGAAGACCCCAAUGUGGAGUGUCUGAGGAGGAAAAUCAAGUACUACUUCAUGAACCCCUGUGAGAAGUACCACGCGCGGGGACGGAAGCCCUGGAAACUCAUGCUUCAGCUGGUGAAGAUCGCCAUCAUCACCAUCCAGCUGGUGUCGUUCGGACUCAGCAACCAAAUGGUGGUGACGUUCAAGGAGGAGAACCUCAUGACCUUCAAACACCUGUUCCUGAAGGACUACACUGAUGGAAGCAUGGACACGUAUGCUGUUUACAGACAAGCCGAUGUUUACGACCACAUCGACUACAUCAUUGAGCAGCAGCUCCAAGUGAAGUCCUCUAUCAAACAGCUGAAAAGGUCUUGAGUGGCAGAUGUAAGGACCAGUGGGACAAUGCCUUCAGGGAGAGCUGGCCUCGGGUUUGCUAUCGGAAUAUAAAGAGAGAAACAAGAGGAAUGAUAAAGCCAACCUAUGUGAUGCUGAUAUAAACCGCUGACCCACACCACUCAUGCCGACUUCCUGUUGUCUCUUUUAGUUGAAGAUGACAAACACAACUCCAGUCCCUUUAUAUUUAUUAUUGCUUUAGUUUUGACACUUUUUAUCCAGUUAAAAAAACCUAAAUCCAUAUUAAUUGAUUUUAUAUACAAUUGCAUAUAUAUAUAUAUAUAUAUAUAUAUAUAUAUAUAUGAAUCCCAGUUAAUACAUUAUUGGGAAACUGGGUGCAUUUUUCUUUACUCACUCGUCGAAUAUCUUAUUAUUUAACAUUUCUUCCUCCUUGUUUCUCCUUCGCUUUUAUGUAUUCAAAAUAUAUGUGUU